AUGACGAUCCCUCGCAAGAUCGUCGUUGAUCAGAUUGCAGCCCAAGAUCUCAUGCGCUGUGAUGCGGGAAGUGAGGCUGUGAAUGGCUUGAAGCUCACCUGUACCACAAUGUCGGAAACACUUACCAACGGAGCCUCUUCAGCCUACGAAUCCAUCACCACCUCGGCGCAACGUGUGCUGCCCCUAGCUUCCACCCUCGUCUCGGAAGCCACUGGAUUCUCUGCCCUAUCCGAAGACUACUCCGCCUCCACCGCUGAAGCCUCAACUCCGAGCGAUUCAGUCGCACAAGAUAAACCUUCGUCCACAGAUUCCGAUCAAUCCUCUCUGCCCGCACGGGACGAUUUCACCGAAGAAAAGGAACGAGGUCCUUCCACAUCCGAACGCACAUCCAAACCACAGACUUCGAUCGGAACCGAGACCGGUAUCCCGACCACAGGUGGAGCCGGAACCACCGUUUCGCCCGACGAUGAUGUGCGAGCUGCAGCGGAGAAGGAGAAGCGUUCCAAGGAGGCAGCUGUCGGCGUGGACUAUUCCGACCAGCCUUGUCCGACCGGGGAUGCUAAGCGGGACAACCCGACAAGCAAACCGGCCGAGGGCAAGUUGCAGUUCGAUAGCAAGCAGGAGCAGACACAGGGCUCGAGUGAUUACAACAGCAACAGCACCAGCGGGAGUGCAAGUGGAAGCAGCGCGCAGAAAUCCGAUAGUACCAAAGCCACUUCCACAGCGGGCGAGGAGGAUCAGGAUCUGGCAGAUGGUAUGGCCAAGGCGAGUUUCAAGGACAAGUUAAAAGGUCAGGCCAAAGUCGUCGCAGGAAAGAUCACCAGGAACGAGGAGAAGGUGGAGCAGGGAAGGACGCUCAAAGCUGGAGGAGCGGCGGAUACAUCGUCCCUUCGUUGUUCCCUCCGCUUGACCCAACAUCAUCCACUUGACCGGGAACCUCCAGCAUCACUUGACUUACUCCGCAAUCGCUGUUCAGUCACCUGCGUCUUGGACGAGUCGACGUAUAAAGUCACCAUGUCAUCGACACCAGAGUGGCAACCACCGGCUACCUGCCUCACACCCGCUUUCUACCUUUCCUGUCCCGUCGAAACCCCGUCGGUGAUCGGAGAUUCCGGUGAAGGACUUCGCAAGAUCGUCCCCAUCUCCGCUGGCGGUUCCAUCAACUCCACCACCAUCCCCGCUCUCGAUGGUGCUGUCGGUCAAGCCGGUGGUAGCGACUACUAUCGAAUCGACCAAUUUGGGAAAACUCGUCUUGACGCUAGGUACUUUUUCACCUUGAAAAGCGGUCACAAUCUUUACUUCCAAUCCUCCGGAAUCCGUUUCGUUCCCUCCUCCUACCCCGACCAAUCCGCCAAAGCAAAACUUCUAGCCGGAGAAGACAUCGAUCCCACCAAGUACUACUUUCGUCUCAAACUCAUCCUCGAAUCCGACGACCCCGAUCCGCAAGUCCAAGAUCUCGUCAACAAAAUCGUCAUCGCCAGUGCCGUCAGACACCCGGAUAGAGUCGUUUACCAGGCUUAUGUCGUAGAGUAA